UUCUCAAACCCACCAAAUUACUAGCAUUCGAUAUGGUGGGGUCUCCCUUUCUCUCUUCUUGUGUUUACACUGUUACUACAACUAUUAAUCAAUGAGAUAUACUACUCUCUAUCUUCAACUUUGUGUAGUUGGAUGCUGCGCCCCAAUGGCUCCUCGCUCUCUUGUCGGAGAAGUUCUUCAAUUGCUGCAUAAUUCACCACCAUGUCAAGAAGAACAUCUUCUGCUUGGAUUGCUCCCUCGGAAUUUGCCCUCAUUGUCUGCCGCUUCAUCCCUCCCACCGCCUCUUGCAGAUAAGAAGGCAUACACCAACAAUGGCGCAAAAGUAGUUUUCCUGAAACAGAGGCCGCUGAAUCGGCCGCCGCGAGCCUCCGGCAGCAUCUGCGUCGGCUGCGACAGAAACCUGCCGGAAGCAGCUCUAUUCUGCUCCAUCUCUUGCAAGCUGGAUGAAACUGGUGGCAAACUGUGUAUACAUGUUCCCAACUCUGAGUUUCUGGUUUUGCCUUUGGAGGAAGGUCAAAUGACGCCUGACUCAGUUCUGUCGAUGCGGACCGACUCUGGUUCCAGCAGUGGCGGUUUGGCGGGCUGUAUGUAUCUGGACUCUACAGCUACGACGGAGGCCGUAAAAGGGAAACGGAGCGUCGUCCCAAGUAGGUUCGGACCGGGUUGUAGGCCGGCUUCUGAGUACAACCGGAGGAAGGGUACGCCUCACCGCUCUCCGCUGCAUUGAUUGAUGAAGGGCUAUAAUUCCUAACAACUCUCUUGAUUAUACGCCUUGUUUUUAUCAAAAUGUUUUACCAAUAAUUUAUGUGUCCCUCUUCAAAUUCUACUCUUGAUUAUGGCAUUAUUAUAGGCUCUUUUUUUUUUGCUUCAAACGGGACUUUUUUGCCUGGUUUUAAUAGUGUAAUGCCAUUGAUUUUUAUUUUACAUGUAUCACUAGAAAGUAGAAACGAUUAAUCUUGUGGAUCUGUGCUCGU